AUGUCCUUCUUCGGCUUUGAUACCACCCUGCCUAGGGAUCGGGCUGCCCCAUCCUCUAGUCGGGGCAUUUUUGACACUCCUGACCCAUUCGCCGAGGUCGCUCGCGCCCGUGCUGAAGGCUUCCAGGGCGGCGACAACGAUGACGAUGCCAUUGACUUCGAGGAUACCUACGAUGGCCUUGGCGAUCAACUCGAUGACGACCAGGAUGCCUUCAACGACGAUACCUUCGGCGACGACCUCGGCGCUCCCCCAGUUGGAAAGGAUUUUGAUUUCUUUGGCAAGACUGCGCAGGUGGCCGACGUCAUUGGAGAAGAGCAAAUCCGCUAUAGCCUUCAGAAACCCCGAACACUUGUUGCUGCUCCUGUCGCCGCAGAUAUUGCUGCUGAUCCUGCUGUGAGUGCUGCGGCCGCGAAGCCGAAACGGACGGGUUAUGAGAAAUACUCGGAUCCUGGGUACAUCCCAGAUCUCCAGGCCAAGUCAAGCGUCUGGGGUGUGCAGAAGAAGCAGGAUCCAACGCCAGCGAUGAUGGCUCAGGCACAAGCACAGGCACAGGCGCAGGCGCAGGCUCAGGCUCAGGCUCAGGCUCAGGCUCAGGCUCAGGCGCAGGCGCAGGCGCGGGCAAAGAAAAUGCUCAGCUUGGAGGAAGUAGAGGCGCAGCUGCGCCGAUACCCUUCGUCAUUGCCAGGUCAGAUCCCCGUGUCUCUGCCUCAGUCGAUGCCUGAGCCCUCUCAUCCGCUUCAGGGAGCUCAGAUGCCUCCCCUGCCCGAAGGUUACGCACAACUGCCACCAGAGAUUCUGCACGCUCAGUUUCCUAAGGGGAUUCCACUGCCGGCGCAGCUGAUGCAUCAGCCGCCGAUGGUUCCGGAACCAUAUCCUCUUGCUCCUCAUGCUCCCAAUAUGCCAUUGCACCUUCUGCAAAGUGCCAACCUCCCCCCACAGCACAUGGGGCCGCCCCAACGCCAGAUGAUUCCGCCUGCAAGUCCCCAAGCCCAGCAACAGCAAGCUCCCCCGCCGCCACAAAGCAUGCGGGGCAACAACGCUCAGCUACCCGUGAUCACCAAUCCUCAACAGUUGAUGCAUCUGUCGGAAGAGCAACGAGUUGCAUACUUGAUGGAAGAUGCCAAGCGCGCUAAGCGGAACCACAAGAUCUUCCUUCUGUCCAAGGGUAACGGCUUAAUGACCCCCCAAGACAAGAACUUCAUUACCCGUAUUCAGCUACAGCAAUUAGUCGCUGCGGCAGGCAACGUGGUGGACACAGAUUCAGAGGCUGUGCUGGCGGAGGAUUUCUAUUAUCAGGUCUACAGUCAAAUCCGAGGCGCUCCUCGGCAACAUCCUCACCAACCCCUCGGUCACUUUGCGCAGACGUAUCUCCUUCAGACAGGUAACCGUCUAGGUGGUCACGGCAACCGAAGACAGUUCCAGAAUGCCGAUAACCACAUGCAGAGAAUGCAACAGCAGGUUCAGCGGGCUGUUGAGGCUGCCAAGGCCAAGCCGAAGAACAAGCAGCUUAUCAUUGAAGGCAGCUUAGGCAAGAUCUCUUUUGGCAAUGCCAAGGCUCCGAAGCCCAUGCUCAACAUCAAACGGCCAGAGACCUCUGAAGGUGGCAAGACUCUCAAGAAGCCUCAGACCGACCUCAGUUUGAGCGACCGGAAGUCUAUUUUGACCAACAUUGAGAGUGUCUACAGCACCUUGAUGGAAAUGGAAGAUAUGGAACGAACAAUGCCUCCUCCGCCAGAUGAGAACGAUCCUGAGGCCAUUCAAAAGCAUAUGGAAUGGCGGCAGAACGUCCGCUCGCUUAAUCAGAAACUAUGGCGCGAACUGAAGGUCAUGGAACCUAUUGUCCCCAACACUAACACUCCUCACCCCUUCAUCGCUUUCCUCUCUUACCCCAAGGGCAAGAAGGCCAUUCCUCGAAUCUUCCGCCAUAUUGAUCAGGAACAGCGUGUUACGAUCCUUACCAUGAUUGUUGUUCACUUAGACACUCUGGACGUGGUCCGACGUGCACAGCUUGUGCCCGGCGAAACCCAGCCAUCUCCGGCCGUUCGCGAAGCCAUUGACCUGUUCUCGCAGACUGUCAUGCCUAGUCUGCUCGGAUACGUCAACGAGGCACCCUUCAACAUUAUUAUUGGACUGUUGGGACUUGUGAUUGCACAAACCCAUGUUCAGCUGGUGGCUAAAACCAGGAUCGGACUGGGAAUCCUGACCAUGCUGCUGAGUCGGGCGGAGAUUGUGAAGGAAGCUGACCAGGCUUCAGAGCGAGACUGGCAGCAAUGGGUUGAGAAGUUCAAUGUGUUGUUUGACACGCUGGAGCCUACGUUCGCCGACAUCUUCCCUAGUUCGAUUAAUGCUGGCGACGAUAUGUACGUCUGGCAGUUCCUGGCCGCCGUCGGCAUCGGCGCGAGCCCUGACCAACAGCAGCGCCUGGUCAUUGCCGUUAAGGAUCGCGUGAUGGAGACCGUCACGUAUAGCAAGACGCUUCCUGCAGACAUGGCCAGUCAGCGUCUCGGAAACGUCAACCUCUUCAUGCGGGCCAUCGGUCUGGACGUUGAACUCUUGGGUUAG